AUGAAUUUCAGCUGGCGUGCAGCACUCAGGUCGAGUGAGCUGUGGAGUCGCGGACCCAAGAGCCUGAGACCCCGCUAUUCCCCCGUUGGUGGUUUGAUUGGCCACCGACAUGUCACACCUGGCUUCUCAAGAUUGCUGAACACCCAGAUGGGCUCGAGUGGUCCUCAGACUGCUUGGUUCAGGUCUGAUAUAGUAACUUUUCCAGGCAAGGACAGAAAGGAUCGGGAAAUCACGUUUAAUUUCGGUCGUUUUUUCCUCAGGGAAAAUUGCCAGUGUCCUAAAUGUAUUCAUCCGGAUACGAUGCAGAGUACAAGUGACACUUUCUCGAUUCCGGAGAAUGUUAAGAUAGAGUCAAUUGAGCACGGUGACAACAUGGUCAAGAUCAAGUGGUCUGAUAAGCACACGGGGCUUUAUUCGUAUGCUUGGCUUAAUGCACACUCACAGGAACUGUCUAGCAUCGAAGGAACCAAGUCGGUGCCAUAUCCCGAAUCAGCAAUGCGACCUCCUAGGCAGUUCACCCCAGUCGUGGAUCCAGACCAGACCCCCAGAGUCAAAUAUGACGAUGUCAUGUCAGACGAUGAACCUCUUCGUAUUUGGUUGACUCAUAUUUGGGAUAAGGGCUUCUGUUUUGUAGACGAUGUUCCUGUCAAUCCAGAGGCUACUCAAUCUCUCAUCGAGCGGAUUGCGUUCAUCAGGAAUACCCACUAUGGUGGCUUUUGGGACUUCACAGCCGAUUUGACCUUUAAAGACACGGCAUAUACCAACGAAUUCCUAGGUGCUCAUACAGACAACACUUAUUUCACAGAUCCUGCAAGACUUCAGCUGUUCCAUCUUCUAUCCCACACCGAAGGAUCUGGGGGAGAGAAUCUCCUUGUUGAUGGAUUUGCAGCCGCAGCUCAACUACGCCUCGAAAACCCCGAGCAUUAUGCCCAAUUGGUAAACCAUAGGCACCCGUGGCACGCAAGCGGGAACGAAGAUACCUGCAUCCAACCAUCCGCCAUGGCACCCGUAUUUUCGAUACACCCGGACCUGAAUAAAAUGUACCAGAUCCGCUGGAACAACUAUGAUCGUGCACCAAAGACCAAUUGGUCGGCAUUGGAACAGACCCUAUGGUACCGUGCUGCGCGCCAUUAUAACGAGAUCUUGCAGAGCAAAGAAAUGUGGACAAAGCUAAAACCAGGGUCGGCGCUCAUGUUCGAUAACUGGAGAAUGUUACAUGGCCGUUCUCAGUUUACUGGAAAGAGACGAAUGUGUGGUGGCUACGUCAACAAUGAUGACUAUAUUUCUCGACUUCGUCUGCUCAAGUUUGGUCGGAAAGAGGUGCUGGACAACCUUGGUAACGUCGAAAAUAACCCCCAGAACCCUUAUUGGUUCAUCUAG